AACCAAACCACAAAAUCAAUAACACAACCUCAAAAACCAAACAUAACUCACAAUGGCUGCCACCCUUUGUGAUUCAUGUAAAACCACUUCAGCUAGCUUGUUUUGUCGAGCCGACUCGGCUUUCCUAUGUAUCACGUGUGACGGCAAGGUCCACGCGGCUAACAAACUUGCGUCACGCCACGCGCGUGUGUGGCUGUGUGAAGUUUGUGAGCAAGCACCAGCCAGCGUCACCUGUAAAGCUGACGCUGCGAUGCUUUGCGUCACAUGUGAUCACGAUAUUCACUCGGUCAACCCCCUUGCCAGACGCCACGAGCGGUUUCCAGUAACCCCGUUUUAUGAAACCGCCGCUGUGGCGUCAGCAAGGGGGUCUGGUGGAGGUGAUCAAAAUAAUGAUCACCAUUAUUUACUAGAUUUUGAUGUUAAUGUCGCUGGAACGGAAGCUGAAGAAGCGGAAGCGGAAGUAGCCUCGUGGCUGCUUCCGCAUCCAAAUCUAAACAAGAUGGCUAAUGGAUUUGAAGAUGACAAACGCAACCUUAAGGUUGCGGAACCUGAACAAGAUUACUUGUUCAAUGAAAUGGAUCCAUUUGCUGAUAUGGAUCUGAAAACACCGGAACAAAAGGCGAAUGUUAUCCUUCGUGAAGGAUAUGAUUCGCCUACCGACGGUGUUGUUCCGGUGCAGAUCAAGAGUAACCAUCACUAUCAAAUGCCCUCACAUGCACGCGUUGCUGAAUACGCGUCACCUGAUGUGGUCGAAGGAUUACCUGCAUAUGAUGUUGAUUAUGCUGGAUCUAAGCCCUUUCUGUACAAUUUUAACUCUCAAUCCAUGAGCCAAAGCGUAUCAUCAUCUUCACUAGAAGUAGGCGUCGUGCCGGACCACAACGCAACAAUGAUGGACGUAUCAAACAACCACCACCACCAACCGUCGUCAACGGAGGUUUAUCCAACCCCUUUAGUCGGGUUCGAUCGAGAAGCAAGGGUCUUAAGAUACAAAGAAAAGAGAAAGAACAGGAAGUUUGAGAAGACGAUUCGGUAUGCUUCAAGGAAAGCUUAUGCAGAAACAAGACCAAGAAUCAAAGGAAGAUUUGCCAAGCGAAGUGAAGUUGGCGUAGAAGCCGACGAGGCCUUAAUCUCCAUGGAUUCGUCAUAUGGCGUUGUUCCGUCUUACUAAUUAUGUUUUAUCCUAUGUUUUUUGUGUAUGUCUAAUGUGUGUUUUUAAUUAAUCAUAUCAAUCCAUGUGUAUAUAUAUUAGGUAUAUCUCUUCAUCUUGCAUUGCUUGUUAACCGCAAUUUUGCCUUUGUUAUAUCUUGUUAAUUUAAGUAUUCGAAACUUUUAUAAUUUAGCUGAAA